AAAACACUCCGUUUCGAAAUUAGCGCCUCUCUUUAACAAAUCGAUAUUCGAUUCGAACGAUUAAUCAUUUCGACGAUUAUUUGACAGAUUCACCCCACAUGGUUCAUUUUGUGGUGGGGGUGGUGUUGGUGGUGAAUUGUUAUGGCACAGACCAAGACGGUAAACGAAAAUUGAUAUUCACAUCACAAUUACAAGUUGAUUUUAAAUACUUUGCUGAACGAAAUUCCAAAAACAUCGACAUCAGAUGAACUUGAAAAAACGGCAAAUUCAAUUAAAGAGCUUUCUUUUCGAACGUAGAACCAAGAAACAGAAAAAAUAAGGUUUCGUUCCUCGUAUUUAAAGUGCCAUUGGAAAUGUAGAAAGACGACAAAAAAGAAUGAUACGUGAUUGUUUUUUCAAGUCAGACGCGGCGGGGGUGUGACGUUUUCUUUUCCAUCAAAAGAUUAAAGGUUGAAAGUGUUGUCGAACACUCGACAACAGGCAGUACUCUUGAUGCAAAUUUAAUGGAUUGGAAGUGUCGGAUCCGUGAAGCGAUGCCACUGAGUCCAAUGGUGCACGGGGUUCCUUCGGGAAUAGCGGGAAGUGUCAAUUCUGGACAAGCAUCCCAAAUAACACCAACAAGUUGUACCCCGCCACCGGCUUAUCACAAUAUUAAUCUUCCUCUCGAACAUCUCACAAUUUCGGCCAGCGAUCGAGGAGCGCCGCCUUCUUAUGAAGAAGCCAUCGAUCCUAAUGCGCCUCCGCCAUCUUAUGAUUCAUUGUUCGGUCGCAUGAGGGAAGCGCACAAAGCAUCGAAGGGGAUUUUUGAGUUUCUCAAAAAUAUCCUCAUGCUGCUCUUGGGCACAAUCGGAUGCACAAUACUGUUGGGAAUAACAACCGUGAUUCCAAUCUGCAUGAUGGUAAUUGGCGGUCUUUAUCUCUACGAUUGUCCACAAGGCGAAUACAUUCCCGUUUAUUUACUAGUUGGCGGCGGCUUUGGCGUUUUCAAGCAGCUUCUUCAUCUGUCAACGAGGGUUCGUCAACGUCCAGAGGAACGCGAUGAGGAGAGAAUACGACAGUCUCCAACACAGACACUAAUCAACUGUUUCAUGCUCGGAUGGUUCAUUAUUGGUUCAAUGUGGGUUUACAAGGAAUAUGAACCAAAUUACGAUCCAGCUCUAGGGAAAUAUUGCAAUAAGACUCUCUAUUUGUUUGCCUUUUGGCUAAUAACGUCAGUGUACAUUGGACUGGGUGUGAUUACUGCUGGCCUCUGCAGUAUUUCCGUUGCCAGUAUCGCCUUUGAAAGACCGCCACCUGAUUUGAUGUGAAAUGUACUACAAACGCCGCCGAUCCUAUCCGCAAGAACUCGAGGAUAAAAUGUGAAACUGAAAAAGUCCAAGUCGGUAUGCAAGUAGAAAUUGUUUGAUAAUGAAAAAAAGAAGUAUAAAUUUUCCAUCUUUUUUUCUUUACAUAAAUUCUACGAAACUGUGAUUCAUGAAUCUACAAGUGUAACCAAUUUUUUCGUGUGCCAAGGGAACAAAGAAAAUAUUAAUAAUAGAAGCGCAGAAAGAAAAAAACGUAUUUCUAAAGAGAAAUACUUUUUCGGCGAUUUCUGCCCAAACUAUGCUAAAAAUUUCCUAUAUUUGGAAUUGGUUUUAGAUUCUUUAUAUAAUAAUAUAAUAACGUUUAUUAUUAUAUAAAUGGGGACAAAAAAUUUGGUCGUAAAUUUCCUGGAUAUGUGCUAUAUUGUAUGUAUAUAUAGAGAGAGAAUCAGGAAAUUUCCAAGUUUUUUUUGAGAUUUUUUCGUAAGUUGUUUAAAUACAACACGAGAAGUGAAUUGUACAUAAUGGUUAGAAAUGACGCGCUUAUUAAAUAUUUUUUUUAAGAAAAAAAGACUGUUUCGAGUCAUCGUUAAUGUAUUAAAGUAUAUUACCUAACUAUUUGUUUUCCGUCCCUGCCGAUCUCUAUGUCUUUAUACAUAUAUAUAUAUAUAAUUUUAACAUUUUUUUCAACGCUAUUGUUCUCAAUCUCUGCUCAAGCACUUUUUUUCAUGUGAAAGCAUGCAAGAAUUCCAGUGCAGUUACCUGUUUUUCUAUUUUGCGCGCACAUAGUAUAAAUUGACUUGCAAGUUUCCGUUCCAAGUUAUUUAUUUAUGAAAAUUGUAAACGCAAUUCUUUUAAAAUUGAAUUAAUUUUGAAACGUUCAAGUAAAAUUUGAUUUAAAAAAUAAACGCAACCCUGAAAUACCACCACUUAAAAAUGUGUAUUGCGCGCAAUUACAAAAUUACAACUUUUUUCAGAAAUAAAAAUUUUAAUUUUUGUUUCUACAAUUUUUUUCUUUUAAUAAAAAAUUGUUUUUUUCAAUAUCAAUUUAGGUUUUCUCUAUACAGUGGAACCU